UUUAUUUUUAAUUUUUUCUUUUAUUUUAUUCAUUGUUUCUUUAUAUAUAAAUUUUAAUAAAUGAGAGAAAUUAUUUCAAUUCACAUUGGCCAAGCUGGUGUCCAAGUUGGUAAUAGUUGUUGGGAGUUAUAUUGUCUUGAACAUGGAAUCCGUAACGAUGGUACACUUAAAAACCCAAAUUCAAAAUCAGAAGUUAAAUAUGAAACAUUUUUCAAAGAGUCUUCUGUUGGUAAUAAAGUUGUACCAAGAUCAGUAUUUAUUGAUUUAGAACCAUCAGUUAUUGAUGAAGUUAGAACUGGUCACUAUAAAAGUCUUUUCCAUCCAGAAAAUAUGAUUACUGGUAAAGAGGAUGCUGCUAAUAACUAUGCUAGAGGUCAUUAUACAGUUGGUAAAGAGUUAUUAGAAAAAUCAUUAGAUACAAUUAGAAAAUUAACUGAUGAAUGCGAAGGUUUACAAGGUUUCUUUGUUUUCCAUUCAGUUGGUGGUGGUAGUGGUUCAGGUUUUGGCUCAUUAUUAUUACAAAAAUUAUCAGCAGACUAUGGUAAAAAAUCAAAGAUUGAUUUUUGUAUUUAUCCAUCACCACAAGUCUCAACUGCAGUUGUCGAGCCAUAUAACAGUGUUCUUUCAACCCAUUCAUUAUUAGAACACACCGAUGUUGCCUUUAUGUUGGAUAAUGAAGCAAUUUAUGAUGUUUGUAAAAGAAGCUUAAAUGUUGAAAGACCAACAUACAAUAAUCUUAAUAGAUUGAUUGCACAAGUAAUUUCAUCAUUAACAUCAUCCCUUCGUUUCCCAGGCGAAUUAAAUGUUGAUAUCAACGAGUUCCAAACCAAUUUAGUUCCAUUCCCAAGAAUCCACUUUUUACUUUCAUCCUAUGCACCAUUGGUUUCAAAAGAAAAAGCCGAACAUGAAAAUGUUACCAUUAGUGCUAUUACCAAUGCUGCCUUCACCAAUCAAAAUUUAUUAGCUAAAUGUGAUCCAAGUACUGGUAAAUAUAUGUCAUGUUGUCUUCUUUAUAGAGGUGCCUCUGUUACACCAAAAGAGGUCCAAGCUGCUGUUGCUGAUAUUAAAGCUCAAAAAGCCAAAACUGUUUCAUUCGUUUCAUGGUCACAAGGUACCGGUUUCAAAUGUGGUAUCAACUCCUCACCACCAACCACUGUCGAGGGAGGGGAUCUUGCCGCUGUCGAUAAGGCAGUUUGUCUUUUAUCAAACACCACUUCAAUUAGUCAAAUUUUCUCUCGUCUCAACCAUAAAUUUGAACUUAUGUACACCAAGCGUGCUUUUGUUCAUUGGUAUGUUGGUGAAGGUAUGGAAGAAGGUGAAUUUGCUGAAGCUCGUGAAGAUCUUCUUGCUUUAGAACAAGAUUAUAGAACUCUCGGUGAUGAAGACAAUGAAGAAGAAGAACAAGAAGAAUAUUAAAUUAAAAGAAAAAAAUAUUUGAAAAAAAAUAAAAAAUAAAAUAAAAAAAAAAAUAAAGUUAU